UCCUGCGCCAUCACCUGCAGUGGGAGUGUGCACCACUGACAGCUCCGCUCCUAUUGGCUGCUGGAAGAGGAGGCUGCCAUGACACAUUGGAUGCUGCACAGAAUCAGUUCCACAGCAUCAGCAGCUCAGGCUCAGCACCUCCAUCCUCCCUUUUAUCCCUCUCCUUGUCUCUUUUCUCUCUCUCUCUCAUCCUCCAGCCUCUCCUCCUCCUCGCAGCAUCCGUCCUCGUGUUUUUUUGUGAGCGCGUCCUGCUUGUUCAUCUGUGUCGACGAGGGCAGUGACACAGGCCUGCUCCGGCACUGCAGCAGAGGACGCACAGGCGGCAGCAGCAGAAGCGGAAACAGCAGCAGAAGCAGCAGCAGAAGCAGAAGCAGCAGGCCGACCGACAAACCCCUGACAUCCUUCCCUCCUCACUCUCUACGCUUUAUCUUCGGCCGGUUGAGAGUUUACCCAGCAUGCCUUGCUCCAGGCCGCUCCGUUAGGCCCCAGCAGCAUGGGCGAAGCCUGGGUGGGGAGAGAAACUACGGAUUGGAGCCUUCCCCUCAGGCCGGGCGUGCUGGCAGGUCAGCCUUCCCCAGCUUCAGAUGGGAGAGGACGCUGAGAGCCCAAAAAUUAACCACACCUUCCUACGAGACUACGUCACCGAAGCUGAUGUCAUCUCUACUGUGGAGUUUAACCAGACCGGGGACCUGCUGGCCACAGGAGACAAAGGUGGCCGAGUGGUCAUCUUCCAGAGAGAGACUGAGUCUAAAGGGGAGUCAGAGGAGGUUGGAGACACAGGAGACUCUGGAGAAUACAAUGUCUACAGCACCUUUCAGAGCCACGAGCCGGACUUUGACUAUCUGAAAAGUCUGGAGAUCGAAGAGAAAAUCAACAAGAUCAGAUGGUUACCACAGCAGAACGCAGCGCAUUUUCUUCUUUCCACCAACGACAAGACCAUCAAACUGUGGAAGGUGAGCGAGCGAGACAAGAGACCAGAGGGUUAUAACCUGAAAGAUGAGGAAGGAAGGAUCAAGGACGUGUCCACCAUCACCUCUCUGCAGGUGCCCAUCCUGAAACCGACCGAUCUGAUGGUGGAGGUGCGGCCCAGGCGAGUGUUUGCAAACGGGCACACGUAUCACGUCAACUCCAUCUCCGUCAACAGCGAUGGAGAGACGUACCUGUCUGCGGACGACCUGCGCAUCAACAUGUGGCACCUGGGCAUCACAGACCGUAGCUUCAAUAUUGUUGACAUCAAACCAGCGAACAUGGAGGACCUGACGGAGGUGAUAACAGCGGCAGAGUUCCACCCGCACCACUGCCACCUGUUUGUGUACAGCAGCAGUAAAGGCUCGCUGCGUCUGUGCGACAUGAGGGCCUCCGCACUGUGUGACAAGCACGCCAAACUUUAUGAGGAACCAGAGGAUCCAGGAAGCCGGUCCUUCUUCUCAGAGAUCAUUUCCUCAGUGUCAGAUGUCAAGUUCAGCCACAGCGGGCGCUACAUGCUAACCCGAGACUACCUCACCGCUAAGGUGUGGGACCUACACAUGGACAAGGGCCCCGUGGAGACGUACCAGGUACAUGAAUAUCUGAGGAGUAAGCUGUGUUCUCUUUACGAAAACGAUUGUAUCUUUGACAAGUUUGAGUGCGUCUGGAACAGCUCGGACAGUGUGAUCAUGACAGGAGCCUACAACAGCUUCUUCCGGAUGUUCGACAGAGAGACCGGGCGAGGGGUGACUCUGGAGGCGUGGAGGGAGAGCAGCAAGCCCCGCGCCGUGCUCAGGACCCGCCGCGUGUACACGGGGGGGAAGCGUCGCCGUGGAGAUGUGGGCGUGGACAGCCUGGACUUCACCAAGAAAAUCCUCCACAUGGCAUGGCACCCGGCUGAGAACAUUAUCGCCAUAGCGGCCACCAAUAACCUGUACAUCUUUCAGGACCGGGUCAACCCUGACGCACAAACGCAAUGACGAGAACGGGAGCUUUGAAGUACAGUACAGCGGUAUCGGCCUGAGUAAGGUGUAUGCACUACUCUUUGACUUCUUCAUGUAUUGCGAUGUUAAACGUCUACGAGCACUUGUUUUUGGUUGAACUCUUGGAUGAUCUGAUUUCUCGUGUUGCUUAAAUGGUUCUAGUUGAUCUGGGACCAUCCUAGGGCCAAAGAACAACUGCGUAAGUCAUUAUUAGAUACAUAUUCAAGCGUUAUUGCAUUGUUGCUUGGGAUUACAAACCUGUAUGUACUCAUUAUUACCAGCGAGCAACACAAACAAAACGACAUAUUUUCUGUCUAAUUUAGGUAUAAAGCUCAUUAAGUGCAUCAUGAAAAGCAGUCGACUUAUAAGUAGAGAUAAACGGGUAUGUUGAUUGGCUGAUAUUUGGGUUAAUCGGCCUUAAAUCUUCAGCACAGGCCGAUAUUUGGAUGAAGAAAUACACAUUUACGCUUUAUUUGACUACAGCGUGAAGCGAUAACUCCAGAAAACAUGACUACUCUACUCUCUUAUAAGUUUAUGGUAAAAUAUUGACUCCAGAAUACACGCUUGUUCAAAACUUCACGAAUAUGUGAGUCUCGUCUCCGCUGAAUCUCCCUGUUUUAAGUGGCUGUGAUUGACAGGUGGAUUAGCCAAUCAGCGACAUGGAAGAUUUGUGUAGAAUCAAUGAGAGAAGCUUUAAAUUCAGUUACAGUCGUCCCUCGUUUUACGUUCUAAAAAUAACCCUGCGAAGUAUCAGCUUUAUUUUUUUUACAAUUAUUCUAUAUGUUUUUGUCUGUAAAACCCCUCACCACACACUUUAUACACUUUUCUCACACAGGCGUUAACAUUUUCUCACAUUUCUCUCUCGAUUAAACGCAAAGUUCAAACCUUCGUAGGCGUCUUUGUCGGUGCGGGACGUUUCAUCGACGUUGUGGGUUUUGGGAGAAAACAAAUUGCAAACGUACAGCACUUUAGAGUCACACUGCGAUCCAACGUUUAUGUAAAUUUGUCUGGAAACAUUCUGUGCUGUACAGGUGACACGGCACGGAGGAGACUGAUGGACAACGGUCUACGGUCCAACAGCCAAUCAGGACGCAGAACACAAUGCACGCUCGGACGCUGUAAAAAAGCAUGUGAAAUCUGAGACCACGAAAGGUGAAGCGCGAUAUAGCGAGGGACAACUGUAGUCUGAGGUGAAAUAAAUGUGAUUUUCUUUCACACAUGUCAUCAAAAAAGACGUUUGACCGAGCUUGAGACGCAACGGAGGAUACGGGGACCAGACUCAUAUCAAUCUGUUUAAGAAAUACAGAGCGAUAUCAUUCUGAAUUUGUGAGGCAAGAACUGGGUGAGUUUGUAGUCAAUUUGAAUUACACAAAUUUGGGGAAACUUAUUCAAAAUCAGCCCUUAAACAUCAUCCCAAAAACAGUUCAUCACCAUCGGUAUCGGCCAUAACCAAAUCGGUCGAUCUCUACUUAUAAGACGAGCUUGUUCUUUGUGAGGUUGGUCAUGGUGCAACUAGACGUAAUCCUGAAUAUGUACCACACUUUAACAUUUAGAAAUCAGAUUAUUCAUAUUCCGCGAUUGACUCCACCAUUUCAAAAGAGAUGCAGGGACAUCUCUCCUUUUUUGAGAAAUGCCCGAAAACCUACAAAAAAAAAAAGUUCUGACGCAAAAAAGGACUGUGCUUAAGUACCUAAAAGAAGACUCUCCACUAUCCAUCAACCCUUCUCUCGUACACAGGAGCAGUGCUCUUGGGGAUCUGAAAUAAUUGUCCUAUUCAUGUUGCAAUAACGACGCUGCAGCAGACAGUAUUUUGGACUUUUCAGUAACACGCGUAUACUCUUUUUAUCGUCUGCUCUAUGUAUUUGAUGUUUCAGGGUUAACGCUGUUCUUUUUGUGUCCUGGAGAGACAUAACAGGAGAAAAAACAACAUUUAUGAUUGUAAAAGAAACACGAUUGUACAAUUUGGUGAUGCAAACGGCGUAUAGUGUACGUGCAGGCAGUAUUGGAGAAUGCAGUAUUGAGGUUGCGGUUUCUAUGUCAAGGUCUGUUCCCAUUUCCUUUAACAACGUAGCGAUUGCAAUCAAGGAAAAGGAGAAAAAAAGAAAAAGAAAAGUUGGUCCAGAUCGAUAGAGAUUUUAUAACCCAGAAGCACAUUUUGGUUUAACAAUCAAAAGUAGUUAUUUAGAGACGGGCCUGUGGGUGGAAAGUAGCGGCUGAGGUAUUUAGAUCAGGUCCGAUGUCAUCAGUGCAAUAGCUUUUCAUGUAUUUUGUGUAUAUUCAUCACACCCCUGUAGCGUAUACCUCAUAGCACCACCCGCUUCUCUCGGGGCCACUCUCAAAAUGUAUCGGAGUGCAGUUGUGAUGGACUAAAAAUAGCGUAACUUGAAAUUUGAUUGUUUACAGUGAAUGCUCUGUUUUAAGUGACCUUGGCCCUAUCGGGAUGGUGGUUGGUGGUCCGGUUGUGUUUGCACUUACUAGAGUUUGUAUCAUAAUUCAAAAAACAGCUGAAUUUCCGAUCGUGAUCCACUGUGUUCCACCGGUCUCUUACGUAUCACUCGGCUUUGAAACAGACUUAUGAUUUCCGUACGGUUUGGAUUUAGAGUCUAGUCCUUGCUGUCAGAUACAUGUCCACAAUAAUUGGUCUUUGAAAGAGCAAUAUCAGAGAUUUUUACACCUCGGGCAGGUCUCAGAUUCUUAUCAGCAAGCUGUAAUUUGGCUCAUCUUAGCCACCGUCACACUCUACGCACGAGUGAGAGGUGCACAGCUGAAGCAUGUUACCAUUACCUAAGGCUACUUGCGUAUUUAUCAUACUGUAAAAAAGACAAACCUAACAAUACAAGAAAUCUAAAGAG